AUGGGAGACACUCAGUCUGCGCAACGUGCGGGCAAGAAGGAUGCAGAGGAGGAGGAGGAGAGCGCAAAAGUGAAUGAUGUUCAAACUGUGCAGGAUACUGAAGACAAGCCUCUCAAAACCAAUGGGCAGAUCUCUGAGAUAAAUGGAAAAGCAGACAGCUCUAUAGCAGCACUCAAUGGUCACUGCAAAGACGAGAUUUCUGCAGAGGACAAAGAUGUUGCAAAGACAGAAAAGUCCCCUAAAGAAGAAAAAACUCCAGUGGAAAGUGUUGACAUCAAUGCAAAGACAUCACCAGAUGAAGCUGAUGCAAAUGAAGUUGAAAAAGUAGAAAUUAUUGAAAUGGAAGAGAAGCAAAAUGACAUCAAUGAAAGUUUUAGAAAUUUUUUCAGCAACAUUGGUUUGAAAUUGACAGUUAAAAAUGGCUCUGGUGAAGAGGCUGAAACAGAUGUGCCCGAGGAACUACCAAACAUACCAGAGGAGGUCAAAGAUAAUCCACAAGAGGUCAAAAGUGAAAAUGAGGAACAGAAUGUGGAUGUAAACACAGCACAGGAAGCAAAUGAAUAUGAUUCAACAACAUGUCCCAGUCUGACAGAUGGAACAUCAGAGAAUAUUGCAGAAAAUGCAGACAUAAAGAAAACAGAAACCAAAGAGGAAGCUGAGCGUGAUAAUGAUGAUGCAAGAACAACUUCACCUGCUGUAAAUGAAGAUGGACACCAGGAUACCACACAGGAACUGCAUCCAGCAUCACCAAUGAUUACUGAAGAAAAGGUGGUUGAAUCUCCAUUAAAAAGGUUUUUUACCACAGGAAUCUUUUCUAGUCUACGGAAGAAAAAGAAACUUGCAGAAGAUGAGGUGACCGAGAAAGAACUGGUGGAUAUGGGGGAAAACGAGAUUGCUGAAAUAGCAGAGCAAGCAGUGGAAGAACAGGAUAAGGAGGAGAUUACUCUUGAUACUGAGGCAGCUACAACUGAGAAAGGACUUGGAGAAGCUAAGAUCGUGCCUGCAGUAACCACUCAGGAUGAUGUUAAACCACCUUCCAUGAAGAGAUCAGAUGGUGAGGGUGAAAUACUAAACUCUCAAGAAAAAGAAAAAGUUCCAGCGAGUCCACUGAAGAAGCUAAUGUCAGGCUCUAGUUUCAGGAGUCUUUCCAAAAAACAGAAAACAAAGAAAUCAAGUGACACAAAGAUCACUGACUCUCAAGAACAAGUCUCUGAUCAGCUGCUGUCUUCAACAGAGUCAGCUGAAAAUCAGAAAGACGAAAGUCCUGCACAGCCCUCUGCCCCGGCAGCAGAAGAAGAGGACAGUGCAUGGGCAGCCUUCAAAAAACUUCUGACUCCAAAAAAACGUAACAAGACGCCUUCAUUGAGCAAUGAACAGGCACAAAUCUCAGGUUCAGUAGAUGAGGCUAAACCAAGUGAAGGGGGGGGAAUAUCAGAUCACAGCACAGAAGAAGGGAAAAAAAGGAAAGACUCAUCUGUGUCAUGGGAAGCUGUUUUGUGUGGAUCUGGAAGGAGAAAAAGCCGAAAAUCAUCAGACUCAGAAGAAGAAACACCCCCAAAUAGCAAGCAAGACAGUGGACUUAAACAAGGUGCAGAAUCACCACUAGAAAGAUCUAAUGAGGCCCAAGAAAUUAAAGAAGGAAGUCCUCCAGAGAGUGAUGGGGAGUCAACAUGGAAAUCAUUUAAAAAACUUGUCACCCCCAAAACAAAAGCCAAGGAUCUGGAUGAAAGCAAAGAUAUCAUUCCUUCUGACAAUGAUGUUACUCAAGCUGAGUCCACGUUUUCUAUUAAGAAUCUCCUACCUGGAAGAAAAAAGAGAAAGCCUGCUGAAACGCUAGAACAAGUAUCUUUAGAUGAAGCUGACAAGGAAGCUUCAGAUGAUGAAGACUCUGAGACUCCAGCUGUGAUUCCACUGUCAGAGUUUGCAGAUGAAAUGGGAGAAACCAAGGCAGGUGUAGAAAGUUACAUACCAGAAGUAACAGACAAUGAAGUCCAGCAGGACUCCACUCCACCUUGUGAUAGUCUUCCACUCGAAACACAAACGUCCCAAGACAAUGAGGAAGCUUUAGAAAAUGAGGUUCCUAAAACACUGGCUACACCUGCUCCAGUUGAAGAACCAGAUGACCUUACAGAAUCAAUCAGUAAACACCAACAACUCAGUGAUAUUCCAGAGGAGGGAGUACUUACAGAGACCAUGGCCACUCCGGCUUCAGGCAUUGAGGAAGCAGCAAGAGAUGACACUAUAGCAGAGGACCUGGUAGAGAUCACAUCUGAGGCCAUAACAGCUCCAGAGCCUGUUGAUGUUACUGUGACAGAUGAAACUGAGAUGAUCUCUGCAGUUUCCCAGUUAUCAGACUCUUCAAAAACAUCUGGUAACGCAACACCUGUCCCAGCUGAAUACAGUGUCAACAACACAGAGUUGUUGCUAGAACAAGUUGCUGAAACCAUCUCUGUAAGCACACAUGUAGUCCCAGUGACUUUAGAGGAGCCAAGUUCAGAAAGAAUAGUUAGUUCUGUCUCGCCUCAAUUACUUGAAACAUUUGAAAAAGAACAGCCAAAAAUCCUGGAAAUACACAAAGGAUCAGAUGAAACAGUGGUAAACGCAGAGCUAAAUGCUGAACCAAUUGAUGCAAUUAAUGAAGUUGAGGCAACAGCCCAAACAGAGAGCAUACCUGAUGUUAACAAAGCUGUUUCAACAGAGAUUGUAUCUGAGAUUGUAUCUGAGGAGAUUGACAAUGCAGAAGUCACUGAAGAUGAAGUUCAUGAGGUCAGUGUUACACAGGUGCAAGAAAGCAUGAAAGAAUUAGAAGUUACUGAUGACAGCCAACAUGUGCCAGAAUGCAUUUCUGAAGAAAAGGAAGAGUUACCUCAGGAGACAUUACCUGAAAGUGAUGAAGUUGCUCCAGAUAAAGGUUCUCUAGUUGUGGCAGAUCAAGUAGAAGAAGAUGCCUCAAAAACUGAGACUCAAGAAGCAGAGUCAGCUCUUUUUGUGGCUGAUGAAACUAAAGAUGGAAGCAUCGAGCAGGAAGCCCAAAGUUUGUGCUACAUGGGGGAUCAGAUCAAUCAAAAUAUUACUGAGCAAAGUCAAAUUGAAGCUGAAGCUUCUGUGGUGGUGGAUGAGUUGGAAGCACUGGAAAAUGUAGAAAAAGAUGUAAAAGCUCCAGAAGAGGAUACUGUUCAGUCACUUGAAGACGAAGCACCACACUUAGAUGACAUACCAGCAACAGAAAUAGUUACAGACGAUUCCAAGCAGACAGAGCAUCUUGCUGAAGUGACUGUUGAGCCAGAAGAUAGACAAACACAGACUGGAGCUCCAAAAACAGAGGAUGAUGAAGUGAAAGAUGUAGUGGAAGUUGAGCAAAAAGCCACAGCAACUGCAGAAGAGGACAAAGUUCAAUCACCUGAAGAAGAAGCACCGGCCUCAGAAGAUGUUCCACCAGCAGAAAGUAUAUUUGAAUCCAAACCGAUAGGAGAGCAUCUCACUGAAGAUGAAGUUUCCAUUGAGCCAGAAACUAAAGAGACACAGUCUGAAAUUUUUGAAGUUACAGAAGUGCCAGAAGGUAUUCAAGCCACAGCAUUACAAUCAGAAGAGGAUAGUAUUCAAGAAGAAAUACAGCGCUCACAGGACAUUCAGUCUGCUGAAUCAGUGACAGAUGAAUCCAAACAUACAGGGGAACAUCUCAUUGAAGUGACCGAUGAGCCAGAAACUAAAGAGCGACAGUCUGAAGUUUCUGAAGUUACAGAGGUGCCAGAAGAUGUUGAAGCCAUAACAUUUGAAUCAAAAGAGGACAACAUUCAAGAAGAAAUACAACCCUCACAGGACAUUCAGCCUGCUGAACCAGUAACAGAUGAAAACAAACAGACAUCAGAGCAUCUCACUGAAGGUGAAGUUUCUAAUGAGCCAGAAACUAAAGAGCCACAGUCUGAGGUUUCCGAAGUUACAGAAGUGUCAGAAGGCAUUCAAGCCACAACAUUGGAAUCAAAAGAGGACAGUGUUCGAACAGAAAUACAACCUUCAGAGGACAUUCAGUCUGCUGAACUAAUAACGGGUGAAUGUAAAGAGUUAGCAGAGAAUCUCAUUGAAGUGACUGAUGAGAUUAAAAAAAAAGAACCACAGCCUGAAGUUUCCAAAGUUCCAGAGGUACCAAAACGUCUUCAAGCCACAUCACUGCAUUCAAAAGAAGAUAGUGUUCAAACAGAAAUACAACCUUCAGAAGACAUUCAGUCUUCUGAACCAGUAACAGAUGAAAACAAACAGACAACACAACAUCACACUGAAGUGGCCGAUGAGAUUCAAAACAAAGAAUCACAGCCUGAAGUUCCAGAAAAGGUAGAAGCUGUACAAGCAGCCAUAUUAGAUUUAGAAGAGGGGAGUGGUCAGUCAUGGGAGAAAGAAGUAAUAUCAGAGGAUGUUCCACAUGCAGAAAAAGAUCAGCCCCAAGAGGCUAAAAUGUUACCAAUCACUGAAGAUAAAGGUGAAGCACUGGAUGAUUCCAUAACCAAGGAUGUUCAAGAACCAGCAGUGUUACAAGUGGUACAAGUCGUCACAUUAGAUUCAGAGGAAGGUCAACCUCAAGGAACUGAAGAUGAGGUGAUAUCCAAGGAUAUGGGGGCAAUGGAAACAGUUACAGGUGAACCCAAGCAGAAAGCAGUUGACCUAAUGGAACCAGAAGCAUCACUGCCUGAUGCAGAAAACAAUGUUCCUGCAACUGACCGUGAAGCAUCCAAGUCUGCAAAUGCAGUUGCAUCAAGUGUUGAGGUGUUUAGCACUCAGGAGCUUGAAACUGAAGCAUUGCUAGAAGAUGUUCCGAAACCAGACACUGACCGCAUUACAGAUGAAACUGAGAAAAAACAACCAGGCCAGGAUUUAGAAAUAAACAAAGAUCAGAAAAACGAAAGCAUUCCACAAAAUGAUCAAGCUGAACACGAAGAUAGAAAAGUGCUGAAGCUUCAGAAGAACCCAAAUAUGACGAGGAUGUUAGUACAGCCCAAGUAA